CGAACAUCGAAGCAUGAGUCAGAUCGGCACCUCCUGCGAUAUCUUACAAGAAAGGAUAUAACUUAUCUUUAUCGUGCUUGUCAAUCAUUUUUCCUCCUCCAGAUUGUCAAUCGCAACUUCAUAUUCCGAACAGUUCAGAUCAUGCCUCCCUCAGAUAUCAGGUUCUUCACUGAAGAUUGGACGAUCACGGUACCAUCGCUUCCCAACGUCAAAUUCCUUCGAUUGACCCCUCCACGGAGUGACGAGCAAAUUAAAAUCCUUUCAAAUCCGUUGAACUCGCCUUUCGCCAGCCCAUCAGAUCUAGCAGAAGUAUGGGACGAAGAAAUGAAAAAAGGAGUAAAGGAACGGUUCCUGGCUCGAUACAAUUUGUCGAAGACAAAGUAUCAAGCCUUGGAAAUCGUGGUUGAAAUCGACGGGGAGACAGUAGGCCAGGGCAGUGUUUACGAGAUCCCGCAAGUACAGGCUGGACUAGCCAACAUCGGGCUUACUCUUGCGGCGAGCGCGAGAGGGAAGGGAAUAGGGAGGGCCGCGAUGCAAGUCUUGCUGAGACUGGCCAAUGAACUUGAGGUCAAUCUUGUCCAUGCGGGUACGAUGUCGACCAACAAGCCGAUGCGUGCACUUGCAAAGAGUCUGGGAUUCACGGAAAGGGAAGAGGUGCUUUCGGUACCCGGACGGGGCGUGGUUGCCGAUAUUCUGUUCGAGAAUGUUGACUACAAGAGAUAUAAAGACUUGGAGAUGAAGGUUGAGUUCUUGGGGCCUGUGCUUGAGUAGACGCGUGGUUGUUGAAGGAACUCCAAUGUCCUAGUUCGCACCAGUUCAAUAGAGGAAAGAAAAUGAACAGCCAACGUGACUUCACUCGAGGCUUUCUCAUGGUGGCAAAAAAGCAUGAUUAGUUUUGAAUGUCCUCAGUCGAUCUAGACAUUGGAAGGAGACCAUUUUUGGAUGUUCCCG